AUGCCCUCUGAAAAGCAGUCAAAGAACAAGAAAUUGUUGAAAACAUUUGAGGAACCUUCAGAAAAAGAGGCAAAAUUUACUGGGAAAAGGAAACGAGAUCAUGAGGAACUGGAAAAUGAGCCACAAACAAAGAAAUUUCUUGUCAGAAAAAUCUGCAAGCUUCCAGAGAAAACAGGGCAAACUUUCCGUAACUCCCUAACCGGAAACACAGGAGUGCUCUUUCCUCAGCGAGAGAUACAGAGGAGCAUUGUCCAUUAUGUCUACCAGAGCGUGCUGGGUUCCUCUAUUGGGGCACAGCUGAAGAAAUGUCUCCAGAUGCCUUUUAUACGUUCUCUCAACUCAUACCGCUUGUUCAGAACAGCAAGUCCCUUUGAUAGGAGAGUUACAUGCUUGGAGUGGCAUCCAACUCAUCCCAGCACAGUUGCUGUGGGCUCCAAAGGUGGAGAUAUCAUCCUGUGGGACUAUGAAGUGCUUAAUAAAACCUGCUUCAUACAAGGGGUGGGAGCUGGAGGGUCCAUCACAGGAAUGAAGUUUAACCCUUUUAAUCCUAGUGAGCUGUAUACAUCAUCAGUUGCUGGAACUACUGUCCUCCAGGAUUUUAAUGGGAAUACAAUCCAGGUCUUCACCAGUACCGACAACUGGGAUUUCUGGUACUGCAGUGUAGAUGUAUCUGCAAUUUGCCGGACUGUGGUGACAGGUGACAAUGUGGGCAAUGUCAUCCUACUCAGUACGGAGGGCAAAAAGAUAUGGAGCCUGAAACUGCACAAAAAGAAAGUAACUCAUGUGGAGUUUAAUCCUGGCUGUGAUUGGCUUUUGGCUACAGCCUCCGUGGAUCAAACUGUCAAAAUCUGGGAUCUGAGAAACAUUAAAGACAAGUCGUGUUACCUUCACACACUUCCUCAUGAUAAAGGUGUGAAUGCAGCUUAUUUCAGCCCAACAGAUGGUUCUAAGCUACUGACUACUGACCAGCACAGUGAAAUCCGGGUUUAUUCCUCUUCUGACUGGUCGAAACCACAGCAUCUGAUUCCACAUCCCCAUCGGCAGUUUCAGCACCUCACACCUAUCAAGGCAACAUGGCAUCCUCGUUAUGACCUCAUUGUAGCUGGGCGUUAUCCGGAUCCUAAUUUCCCAGGAUACACAGCAGAUGAGCUGCGAACUGUUGACAUAUUUGGUGGGGACAGUGGUGAGAUGGUGUGCCAGCUGUAUGAUCCAAAUGCAUCUGGCAUUAUUUCGCUUAAUAAGUUUAACCCCAUGGGAGACACACUAGCCUCUGGAAUGGGUUUUAAUAUUCUGAUCUGGAGCCGGGAGGAAAUGGUAACCAGAAAACAGGAGUGCCUCAUGCAGGCUAUGACGAAGCAGGGAAUUGGAGGCAGGAGCUUAUCACAGCAAAGAGGACAGAGGCAAUCAAACACUGGAACCAGCAGACUCAAAACGAAACUACUCAGUUUGGAUUUAGAGGAGAGCAAAACAAAGAGCAAGGAAUGCAGAUCACAGAAGAAGCGGAAAGGGAAGGGGUCAGAGGACUAA